GGAGACUUGUCAUAUAUAUAUUUGAUUUAUACUUGUCGUUUUACCUAACUGAAUAAGACCAUCUUUCAUCAGCGGCAACUGGGAAAUUUUCAGCGAUGACCUUUAGAAAUGAGAGAUAGGUUGCUUGUAUUGUUGCUACUUGGAGUAGGAGUUAUCAAAGUAUACGAAGAGUACGAUGAGGAGGAAAAGGAUGACCGUGACCCACUGGAACUAAUAAAACACAAACAUAGUAAACGAGAUCUAGAUUCAUUUGAGAAGACUGUUUCAAGCCCAAUACCAAUUGAAGAAGAAACUAUCGAGGCUACAUCAAGGGGCCUGUCACCUAGACUACGGGCUAGAUGUAAAGAUAUCGGAGAUGAAUGUUCUUGCAAACGACUCUUAUGUUUUGGCCCAAACAGCUGUGAGUGGAUAAACAGCCAUCCCACCAAAAUGCCACGUAACUCCACGGAUUUCGUGUGGUUACAUCGCUGUCGUCAAACAUUUUUGAUGGGGCAGAAUUUAUGCGAAUGCAAGCGACUAUUAUUCCAUAGAGAGGACGCUAAGUUGCUGACUCCAGAGGCUGAAAACAUACCUUUACUCGAGGUUCAAUGAUUUAAUUUAGCCUACCUGUAGGAGGUUGAGGCUUACGUAUUUUCAUGCAUUUAUCUUAGUUUACUAUCCUAAUUAUUUUUGCCUUCUAUAUUGUUUAACUGACAAUUCUCUUGCAUUUAUGAUAUGGAAAUUAAGUUUUUAUCAGUGUAGUUUUCACAGUUUUCAGCUUGUAUUUUCAUUUACGUCUAUCGUUUAUUUGAUUGACUAACAAUUUUAGUAAAUGUAUUGUUAAGUUUGUUCAGAUAUUCCGAAUUGUUACACAAAUACAUCACUUUUUUAAAAAUAAUGUCUUUUUAUUACACUCAAAUAUUAUGAUAUGAAUUAAAUUAUCUUGUGUUCACUCUUAAUUGCGUUUUGUACAGGGAUGGAUAUGAUAUCUCUGUCAAGAAAAGUGGCUAUAAUUACAGGAGCAAGUUCAGGAAUAGGAAGAGCGACCGCUAUUUUGUUUGCAAAACUGGGAGCGUGUGUUGCUUUGGUUGCUCGAGAUAAGUCGCGUUUGGAAGAAACUCGACAAGCAUGCAUUCAAACAUCUCACCCGGACGCUUAUGAAAAGCACAAAGAGCCUUUUCUAUGCAUUGAGGCUGAUUUGGCUAAUACAAGUGAAGUUGAAAAAGCAUAUCGAUCGGCUAUAAACCACUUUCAUCAACUUGAUAUAUUGGUAAAUAAUGCAGGAAUUAUGAUAAGAGAUACUGCAGAAACCUUUAACGCGGCUGAAUAUGAACAUUUAUUGAAAGUGAAUUUAACUGCUGUAAUAACAUUAACUAAUCUCGCUAUUCCUGAUCUUACUGUUACCAAAGGUUGCAUCGUAAAUGUAUCUAGUGUUUGUGGAAAACGUUCAUUUCCUGGAGUAAUGUCUUAUUGCAUUAGCAAAGCAGCAUUAGAUCAAUUCACCCAAUGCACUGCUUUAGAUUUGGCUCCAAAAGGAAUUCGAGUAAACAGUGUCAACCCAGCAGUUAUUACCACUGAACUGCAUCGUCGGUCUGGAAUGUCUGAAAAGGAUUAUGAGAAGUUUCUUUCAAGGGCUGAAGAAACACAUGCUCUUGGACGAACUGGAACUGUGGAAGAAGUGGCUCAAGCAAUCGCUUUCUUGUCGAGUUCUGCUUCUUCCUUUACUACUGGUCAUUUGCUAAUGGUUGAUGGUGGUCGAUCGAUUAUGUGUCCACGAUAAUGAACAUUAUUUUUUUUUUCAAAUACUACACGCUAUUUUCUAAAUAAAAUGGACCAUUAAUUCUG